UGCUGUCCCCUGCUGCACGCAACAGAAAGAACUGAAAUUUGUGGCUAAAUUUUUGUUUUAUAUUUGGAGUCAGCUCCGAAAUGCUUUCAAAUUUCCAAAAAGCAUCAGGUAAGGCGAGAAUAUUUCUGCAAAACAAGACUCUUGUUUUCACAACAUGUUUGCGGAAGCAAUUACAUAUGGCAAAGAAGACUUCUUCUUCUUCUAAAAUUCAGACGCUCUACGAUCUUUGUAGGAAGAACUUUACGCCCUCGGGGUCACCUCCUCCCUCCUCUCAAGCCAUCCACGGUCUCUGUUCUUUUCUGGACACGGUUGGCCCUGUUGAUGUGGGGCUUAAAGAGGAAAGUCAAGAUGAUGAUCGAGGACUCGGAAUAUUUGGACUCACCAGAUUGAAUGGGGCAGCUCAAUGGGCUCAACCAAUUACAUAUUUGGAUAUAUAUGAAUGUGACAGUUUCACGAUGUGCAUUUUCUGCUUUCCAACUUCCUCAGUUAUUCCACUCCAUGACCAUCCUGGGAUGACUGUUUUUAGCAAAGUUCUCUAUGGAUCCGUGCAUGUCAAAGCUUAUGACUGGACAGAACCUGCCUGUUUCCCAGAAGUCAACAGACCAGGCUCUCGUCCAGUGAGAUUGGCAAAGUUAGCAGUCGAUAGAGUUUUAACAGCAGAAUGUGAAACAGCAAUUCUGUAUCCAAAGAGUGGAGGGAAUUUGCAUUGUUUCACUGCAGUUACACCGUGUGCUGUCCUUGACAUUCUCACACCUCCUUACAAAGAAGAUGCUAGCAGAAAGUGUACUUACUACAUUGAUUACCCUUAUUCAAACUUUGCUGCCGAAAAUGGAGCAGUGAUAAUUGACAGAAAGGAAGACUAUGCAUGGCUAGCUGAGACAGGUACACCAGAUGACCUUUACAUGCGCUCUGGAGUAUAUGCUGGCCCAACUAUUCAGGUUUAGCUUGUAUGGCAAAGAUCAAUAUUUGAGCCCAUGCUUCUCAUGGCCUAUGAGCUGCCGAUACCAGAGAAAAUCUUUGCCAUGUUUAGCUGGAAUGAUCAAAUGGUAAAUGCCUGAGACACUGAUGGGUAAUUCUGCUGCUUUAACUAAUGUAAAUUAAUUGGCUGUACUUACCGAGAAUGUGCCCAAGCUUUUGGUUGCAGUAGUUCAGAUAUUAUACAAUCUCCCUUUGUUCUGUUUUAAUUAUCAGUUAGAAUAUUCUGGUUUUGAAAGAAUAUGGUUUAUCUUUGAGUAAUAGUCUAAUACUAUAUUUAUAAACAAAUUGUACAAACUUAUUUAUAUAAGUUAAUGUGAUAGCAUUUAAUUGAGUGA